AUGACAAACGGUAACGAAAAGCAACAACAACAACAGCAGCAACAUGUUUUUCAUAGUUCGUUUUCAAUUCGAAGUGUUCUGGGUGAAGACGACAUGAAAACUAAUAUUGAAAAACUAUCGAAAACAGUUUCAUUUUAUACAUCUAUGCAAGCAACAAAUCCAUUAAAACGAACACAUGAUGACAGCAACGAUGAAAAUGAACAUGAUAUAUCGCCAAAGAAACGUUCAACUAUUAUUCAUAGUGAUUCAGACGAUCAACAUCAUCAACAUGACGAAGAUGUUGAUAUUGGUAAUACAUCUCCACCUAUUUAUAAUUCAGAAUAUGAUGAAGAUGAUGAUAUUGAAACUGAAGAAUCGAAUUCUCAUUUAAAAUCUUUAGCUAAAAAAUCUUCAUCGUCAAUCUCAAGUGAAUCAUCAUUGGAUCAUGCUUCGGGUUCAGACGGUACUCAUAGUCGAAAUAAUAAUAUUAAAGAAGAAAAACAAGUGUUAUUAUCAUCAUCAUCAUCGUCGUCAACUUCAUCGACGACAGCAACAGCAACAGCAACAACACCGGCACCUAGAAAUAAAUAUGGUGUUAAACCAGCUUAUUCAUAUAAUGCAUUAAUCAUGAUGGCAAUACGUUCAUCGCCACAUGAACGAUUAACAUUAAACGGUAUCUAUGAAUAUAUCAUGAAAUCUUUUCCAUACUAUCGUGAAAAUAAACAAGGUUGGCAAAAUUCAAUUCGACAUAACUUAUCAUUGAAUAAAUGUUUCGUUAAAGUACCCAGACAUUAUGAUGAUCCUGGUAAAGGAAACUAUUGGAUGCUUGAUCCAUCGGCCGAUGAUGUUUUUAUUGGUGCCACAACAGGUAAACUGCGACGUCGAACAUCGACAUCGAGAAAUCAUCGUUUAGCAGCAUUUAAACGUGCGGGUCUAACACAUCCAAAUCCGUUUGUACCAGCAUCAUUUCUUUCACAACAUCCACAUUCAAAUCCAUGGCCAUAUUCAGCUGCAGCCUAUGCUUCAGCAGCUGCUGCUAUGUGGUCAGCAUCGUCAUCUUCAUCAGCCGCUGCAGCAGUAGCUUGUCAACAGCAACAGCAACAGCAACAACAACAACAACAGCAGCAGCAGCAGCAACAAUUUUUAAAUGCUUUAAAUUCUCAUUCUCAUCAUUCGACAAAUUACGUUUUAGCAGCGGCUGAAGCCUUAAGACACCAUCAGAUGCCAAAUAAUCGAUCGAUUUUAGCUGAACAUUUAUUAUCGGCUAGUUUGAUAUCACCAAAUAAGACGAGGUCAGUGUCGUAA